AUGGAAAAUACACCGGAAACUACAUUUGACUUAUUGGCAGAUAUUAAAAGAAGAUCAGAAUAUGAUAGUAUGGUGGAAGAGGCUAGGAUUAUUGAGAAUGUUGAUGAUUCAACAAAAGUUCAAUAUGUUCGUAUGAGUGCAGUAUUCCCAGCAGCGCCAAGAGAUUUAUUAACAGUUGGAUUAUUGACACAACUUGAGGAUGGUAGAAUGGUGAUGGUUAAUCAGAGUAUAGAACAUUAUUUAUGUCCAGAAUAUCAUGGGACAGUUAGACUUAAAGUCGAUUUAGCAGGAUUUAUAGUUGAACGUAUCAAAAAUCAGCCUAAUAAGUGUCGAUUAAUACAAAUAUCUGAUAUUGAUUUAAAAACAGGCUGGAUCCUAAAAUCUCUAACGUCAAUAGAUUUACCAUCAUAUAUUAAAAAAUUAAAUUCAAUACUUUUAAAAUUACCAAGACAAAGUGUUUCAAAAAUGCUUUGUCAUACUCCUAUACCAAUACUUUCAUUACAAUCAUCAUAUCACAAUGGAAUAGGAGGAACUCAUAGAGCAAGAGAAGCAGACAAUAACAAUAAAGAUUCAUCGUCAUCUUUAUCUGUUGUUAACACGGGCAAAUUUGUUAUUGCAGCAGCAGCAUACGCUUUAGUACUUUUAGCAGGAAUUAAAAAAUGGCGUAAUAAAAAUUCAAUUACAUGA